AUGGUACUUCUUAUAGAUGAGGCAUAUGUAUGGCGGUAGAGAUAAUAUAUGAUGGCUCCUACAAGGUCCAGCCAUGAUCAUGAUGGACGCAAAAAGGUCUUAGUCAAACUCCCUAAUAAUGAACAAUAUGGAUUCUACCUCGAGCAGCGUUAUUCUACCCACAGUCAACGAUGGCAUAUCUGCGACGGCUUUUUAUGCAUUGAACUGGAUCUUAUUUGCGCUAUGUAAUAUUGCAUUUGCUACCAGGGCUUAUAUUCGUUAUGUGUGCUUCCGCCGACUCCUGCUUGAGGACUACGUUAUGCUUCUGGCUCUGGCCAUGCAUAAUGCCGAGGCAGUUCUAAUCCAGCUCUACGUUCGAUACGCAUACGAUAUAGAAGCUCUUGAAAAGGGCGACUUCACCAAGUUCGGACCAGAUUUGAACAAAGGAUUCGUCGCGGUUGGGGCUUGCGUCAACAUUACGAUUGUUGGGGUCUUGCUCGUCAAGUUGAACUUCUUACUUUUUUUCCGUCGUCUUGGCGCGAAUAUACAGCGGUUCACCAUCAUAUGGUGGGCAGUUACAUUAUUCACUGUGGCUGCUGCCGUAGCUCAGAUUGGAAUGCAAUUAUUUGGAUGCUUCUUCGGGGGACUCAAUUACAUAUUUAGCGAGCAGUGUACCGAUGCGGCAGCUAUGCAGCGGAUCUUCCUCAAUGCCAUCUUUUCAGCGACAGUAGAUGCCAUAUCCGAUUUCCUUAUUGUUGGUUUCCCUGUUGCGGUACUUUGGGGAAGCCGGAUUAGCAUAAAAAAGAAGCUGGUCCUUACGUUCGUGUUCGGCCUCGUAUUUCUCACAAUUGCUAUCACAAUUGUGCGUGGCAGUAUUUUUCACGGAGUCUACAGUUCAACUUCUGAAGAGGGGCGGAUGCAGAGUGCAACAUUCACUUGGUUCUGGUUUUAUUGCGAGUAUAGCGUUGCUUUCAUCAUAGCAUGCAUCGUCUCUUUCCGUACACUCUUUGUACAACGGGAGAAUAAGAAUAAUGAGCGCCUUCAGGAGCAGCAGCGACGUGAGGCAGCCUAUCAAAGUGCUAUUCGUCGGGGUAAACGAUGGCGCGCCAAGGCUCUCCACUUUCAUGACAGCGUCCUUGACACAUGUAGGACGCUCGAGGGUUGGUCAGGAAGCGAGGCUGAGACACUCUCCAUGCGCCGUCUUCCUGGUGUGCCGUCUGGACUCAUGACAGUGGAUUUCAACGAUGACGGUAAUUGGAGCAGGUCUGUGACCAAGGACGGUCCGGAUGCUGACAAGAUAGUGGCGGCGCGGCCCGUCUAGGUGCGGAGCCUGCUGAAAACCCCAGAUGCACCCCAGGUGCACGCAAUGGCAUGCUGAUCCGAUUACAUACCUAGGUACUAUUUAUGUACCUAAUGUAAUUGGAAAGGCCUAGAGCGUGAUGAUGACAAGGAAGUGAAUCCUACUUAGAUGUAGUAGCAUUGCUACAAAGGUGUUAUGAUGGCGGUUGGUGAGGAAAGGUGUUAAAUUUGGAUGUUAUGAAUAAAUGAAAUGAAUAGUACGAAGGUUGGGGCCAAAAGUUUCGCACAUAUCCAAAUCUUGGCAUUAUAUUUUAUAUAUUUUUUAAAUUAUCGAUACUGUAUUAGCCACACACUAAGCUAAAAGUUAGAUAGUCACCUAUCUACUAAAUUCAGG